CCAAUUAAUUAUCACAGAUAAACAAUCAUAGAAAUAUUUUUAAAACUGCAAUUGUGUUUUGUAAAUAAAGUAACUCACAAACUUGUAUAGAUUCUAUACUGAAAAUAAACCGGGAGUGAUCUCCCCUAAACUUUCUCGAAUAUUCUUAUAUAAAAUAACAGGGAAUGGGAACUCGGGCUAUAGACAUGAUUUUUAAUCCAUUUUAAAUACUUAAAGUUUUAAAAAUAGAAUAAAAUCUCGUAGACAAAUUAAUUGCACACCAAGUGAACGCCAAAUAAAAAAGCGCAUAAUAGUGCGCAAUAUUAUUAGUACUUUUAAAAUUUACAUUAGUUUUUUGAGAAAUCGGAAGUAGCGUAAAGUACUACUUCCAGUCAACGGAAAUUACUCAAAAUUUAACAGAAGAAAUUUGGUGUAAAUGGGUCAGCUGACAUCUAGACAAGAAAUACUACAGACAGAAGUCAGUGAUCCAGAGAUGCGCAAUUGGUUGUAUGCAAGCAUGGCAAUCAGAGAGACUUCUCAAGUUUUAGCCAAGUAUGUCCACACUCAGAUUUCACAAAUGCACAAGAAUAUGCGGAGAGCUAUUGGAGCAUCUGGACCCUGUAAACAGAAUUGUAGUCACAAGGAUGAGAAAAAUAAUGUGUGGUGUACAUCUUGUGACAGGUGGAGGAAGGAAAUCCUGUGUGUGUGCAAUCCUCAGUAUAAAAUCAACUGGACGCGACUCAACUCUUCCCAAUGGCAUGCUAAUCCCUACGAGGUAGCAAGAGCCUUCAUUCCCAGAGCUCACAGAUUGUACUAUAAAUCAGCUGAGUUCCAUGAAGACUUUAGGUUUAGCCUGAGCUUUAUUGAAAACUGCCUGCUCUGCUCAGCUCCACCAUUGCUAUGCCAGAAGGCUAGACAGUGUCAAGGCCGGGUCAAGAGGAAAAACCUGCGCAUGAGAAUGCGAGAUGAAGAUCUACAGGUAACAAUAUCUGUGUUAACUCAACUGCUUGCUCUGCCUGAGUUGGGGCAGACAGAGCCUGUCGUACACAAGUUGCAGUUACUCCAAGACUUGCCAGAUACAAGUGAUGGCUGUAAGAUAAUGUAGCAGUUAAUCCAAAAUUUGCCAGAUACAAGUGGUGGCUGUAAAAUAAUGUAGCAAUUAUUCCAAGACUUGCCAGAUACAAGUGAUGGCUGUAAGAUAAUGUAGCAAUUAUUCCAAGACUUGCCAGAUACAAGUGAUGGCUGUAAGAUACUGUAGCAAUUAUUCCAAGACUUGCCAGAUACAAGUGAUGGUUUUUUUGGAUAAUGUAAGUGCUAAACAAUGGCAUGUUUUUUAAGUCAAAAGGUAGUUUUUACAUCAUGUAAAUUAUGCACAGCUAAUUAAGUGAUACUUUUUUUUGUAUAGAAAAUAUGGAUUCUAAUCUUUUAUUUUCUUUUUUAAAAUUAAGUUUAAAAAAAAAAAAAUCAUAAAUCCUAACCAUACAGAAAAAAAUAAUUUAAAGAAUCUUAUAAAUUGAAACUAAAAUGUGAAAUUGUUUAUGUUUAACAGCAUUAAUGGAAUGUAAGAAAUUUUGUAAAAUUUGAUAUUUAAAUGACAAAUGAGUUGAUUUCUGACCAAAUCUAUUUGUAAACUUAUACAUUGAAAUUCUUGUGUGAAGUUGCUGAUAACUCCAGCUUAU